AUGGGCAUCAUCAAGUCGUUGGCUCUACUGAGCCUUGCGACCGUUGUCGCCGGAGAUUUCGAGUUCAAUUCUACUACGGGUAAGUUUCAGGGUCUGUGUAGAUUCACAACGGACCUUAACUUAAUGCAAUUCAUUUUUUUAGUUGGAGGAUCCUUGUAUUUCGAAGUCAAACUUAGGAAGAACUCGAAACCUUACAAAGUGCAAGUCGACUCGAACCGACCGUACUCGAUUUUUAUGCACAACGACUGCAAAACAACUAAAUGCUCGUUAUAUUGGGAUAAGGCGGACACAUACGAUCCAAGGUAUUUUAUUGUUGCAUGAUCAGUCGUGAAUUGAUUUUUAGCGCUACCGGAGGAAUUGAUACCAAGCUUGAUUUUGAGGACAUUUCAACAUAUGACGAUAAAAAAUUGAAAGGAAGAUGGUUCUCGGAAACCCUCAAGUUGAACUCGAAAAAAUUCCCCAUUCAUAUUGGAGCGGCGAUGGAGGCCACGGAGACAACGGGCUGGCAACAGGCCGGAGUUAUUGGCCUUGGAAUUGGAUCGGGAAGGGAAGACGCUAAAAUAGCAGAGAGAUUGAUGGCCACGCUGACAACUCCGCUGAUUACGGUUCAAGAAGGAAAAACACACAAGAUCAAGGUAAACCAUGCUUUCUGAUGUACGCUGAGCAAUUGCGGAGUGAAUUGAUGUUGCUAAAACAUGGCGUUUUAGAAGGAUUCAACAGACGAAGAUAAAGAAAGCCGUGGCUCCAUUACAUUUGGAAAGUACAAUGCAACAAGUUGCGGUGACUUCACCUGGGUUGACUGUUCCGAUCGAGGCUCUUGGACGUUUAAGACAACGUAACUCGGCAUUCAAUUUCAGCGGCUUUUUUUCAGAAUCACCAUUGGCGAGAAACAAUAUGAAGGUAAAGUGGUCGGCUUUGCUAUCGGUCAAAAUACUUUUGCUAGUAGAUACACGAUUCAUGCCUUCCACUUUGCCAAAUAUCUUGAUAAUGAAUCCGACUUCCCAAAAAUCAGCUUUGAAUUUGGCGGUAAAACUUUCGAGAUGAACCCAAAAGACUAUGUGUCCUACAGCCCCGGGGUAAGUUGGGUUUUGCGGAAACCAUUGUCGUUUCAGUACGGAAAACACGCCGCCGAGAUAAAGAACGCGCCUUCGUAUUCGAACAUUGACUUUGCACUUGGCAGCGAAUUCCUUCAGAAUUAUUGUGUGGCGUUCAGGGCUGACAAAGAGUUUAAGAAGCUAGAAAUUGGACUUGCUGUAAAUCAUGGUAGACCUGCGGAGGACAAGAAACCAGACGACGAUGGAAAGACCCCCGACAAGAAACCAGACGACGAUGGAAAGACCCCCGACAAGAAACCAGACGACGAUGGAAAGACCCCCGACAAGAAACCAGAAGACGAUGGAAAGACCCCCGACAAGAAACCAGAAGACGAUGGAAAGACCCCCGACAAGAAACCAAACGAAGAUGGAAAGACCCCCGACAAGCAACCGAACGAAGAUGGAAAGACCCACGGAGGAGAAGGUGAGAAAAAGUCAGCAGCUGGAUAUUCCACUUCCAUUGUUGUGGCCAUAGCAUUUUUUGCCUUGGCCUUCCAGUAA